AUGAGAGUUGGAGUAGCAGCUCAGCUCAGCAGCAGAACGCUCAAUGUUGGCUACUUGAGAGCGAACUACACGACAGUCUGAAGAAAGCGUUCCAACAGUGAAGACGCAAAAUUGUACAGCGUGUGGUAUUUCAAAAGUCGUUUUAACGAUAGGGUACCCCCACCCCAUACUCUACAUAUUACUCUCUUGUGUGCAGUGUAGACAUACAAGUUGAAAAGCUAUUAAUCUCAAAAACGGGAGGCGAGGAGAGUUUUGCGAGAGAGACAAAAACGAAAUAAGAAGUUAUUGAGGGUGAAAAACUAUUCUGGAUUUAUUGACAAUAUUUUGACAAAUUAACAGGACGCUCUUGCGAAGAUAUUUAAAUUGAAUGGUGUGGUGUAUCUUCCUAGUAAUAAAGAGGAGUGAUAUAGACAAUGGACUGUAGAAGAUGUGGUAUUGCUGAAUCUUCGCGCUGACACUAGACGUCUCACAAGUUUAACUGUUAUUUGUCAGCGAAUAUACUUUUUUUUACAACUCCAUGUUCUUAAUUUUUCGUGUUGUAAUCUAAGACAGUAUAAAUUGGACUCCACACACACGUUAAUUAUUUUUUUGACGUAACCUACAUUCUUCUGCGUAAAGUGCAAGAGACAAAAAAAAAUAAUACAAAAGUGGAGGAAAAAGAAAAAGGCUAGCGGCAAGGCCGAGCAGUAUAUAACUUCUCUGAAUGUGAUUUAAAGUGAUUGGUGUGACUUAUUGAGCCAAUUUUUUGCAGUCUUCACCAAUCAUCCAACUGAUUGGCGGGAGCCCAGCAAUAAGUGUUGUACAAUAAUCGGGGUGAAUAGGAUAAUUUCACAGAUUGCUUAGCUGAGUGUAAUUCAGCUUUGAUAUUUUUAAAAAUAGAGAUUAGUGCAAGAGAAAGAGAGUGAAGCUUAUUGAAUGUAAAUAUACCUUUAACAGAAGGAACUAUAUAUGUGCUGCGGUUGGACUAUUUUUAGGACACCAAAAUAUAUAGCAUCACACAUUUUUAUGCUGCCGCUUUUCACUCUCAAGUGUGUUGUGCUUUUCUGUAGUAUUGUGUGAUUUUUUGGAUACAAAGAGGACGGCGUACGCUUGAUCAAAUUGUGUCAAUUGCGGUCACACCACAAUUAAUAUUUCUGUGCCCGCCAGAAGCAACAGCGUCAACAAAGAACUCGCAACAGACUACGCGAGAAUUCUGUCUGAAGGACUUACAGUACUAUAUACCACAAAAUCCUCCUUACAUCAAAUAAAAUCAAUUUGGUGUGGAAAAUUAGCACAUGAGACAUAAUUUGUGAAUAAACUCCCCACAAACAGAAAAUUGUUUGAUGAUACAGAGGGGAGCGAGAGAAACUGUAAGCUGUAUUGUCACGCACAAUUUAUAUUCAAUUACUAUCGGAAAUAAGUGAGCGAUAAACUUUCAAGGUAUCCACAUUUAAUAUUUACCGUGGAUACUCACAGUGUGGUGUACUUGAUACGGGCGCUUUGAAGAUUGAAGUAAAGAGAAGAAAAAAAAAACAAUAGAAACACAAAAAAGUGUUGAAUUCACAAAUAGUGAAAGGUUUGAGAGACUGAGGUGUGUGUGAAGAAUUUUUGGCAAGGUGACUACGUAGGUGUUGGAGACUGAUAAAGGGGGAGAGCCAAGUGCAUCGAUCUCGAAACUAUCAGGCAAAAGCAGUUCAACAGCUGAUAGAGGUGAACACUGUUCUCUCGCAUCGGUUUAAAUGCCCCCAAGUUUAAGUAUUAUACAUUGAAUGGUGUGCGUGCCUGAGACCGCCAGCUAGAAAGUUCCUCGUUAACAAUCGACCAUCAACACACUCGCGAAUCGAGUUAUGCUGUCGAUGGAGCAUAGAGAGGAACCGUGAAGUGUGAACGCUGCAUAAAAUUACGCUUCAUUUCAACCGUAAGUGAAUCCAAAGUUGAUUUGGAACUCUCUGGAGCACACACCCCGUAUAAACAUUUGUUUAGAGAACAAGGGGGGUGUUUGGAAAUUCCAGAGCACCGCGAAUAAAGCCCCAUCAUCCAGGUGUUUGUACAUCAAGCUGUAAGACGAAGAAGAAUCUUGUGAUACGGAGAGAAGAGAGAGGCAUAUAGAGGACAAAAUAGGGAGAUUCCCAUAAAAAGAAAGAAGCAAAAAUUCCAAGGGAUUUUCUCAAUCAAAUUACUUCUACGGUGUGAACAUAUUUUCACACAUAUACACUGCGAACGAAUGAAAAAAGUAAUUUCAUAUUAAAUAAUAAAUAUUGUACCACCAUAUACAAACGAACCGUAAAAACCCAUAAACGCUUAAGAGGGAAAACCAUAUCUCAACAAUAUAUAUACAUACAUAUAUAGUUACUAUAUUAUCACAUCUACAACAAUAUAAAUAACACUGUGAAAAAAAACGUGAGGAGAGACCCAUAGCCGAAGCGGUAAAGCAGAAGGCAAAGCGAGCAAAAAAAAUCAAAUACAGAGCCAACAAACAAGUGAAGGAGAAAUCAUCAUCUGCACACAUUUGCAAACAUGACUCUCCCCACCACCACACUAAAUGCUUCCGAUGACGAUUCGGAUAUGUUCGGACCGCCGCGUUCAUCACCUUUGCGACACAAUAGGCCACGGGUGCCGAUGAUUUCGGCAAAAUUGCGCCUGAGAGAGGAGAGGAAAAGGAUAUUACAAUUGUGUGCACACAAACUUGAAAAGAUUAAGGAUUCAGAGGCAAAUCUGAGACGGAGUGUUUGCAUCAAUAACACAUAUUCGCGGCUAACGGAUGAAGUGCGGAGGGAGAAGCAGAGCAGAUAUUUAGCAAAUUUACCAAAAUCAGAGACGUCCGAAAUGGACAAUCCCUCACAAAUUAGCAGCUCGUCAAGCAACAAAUGUGAUGUUCCCGCCACGACAGUAAAACCCAAGCGUGUCUCAUCGGCAACAGAUGCUGAUCUCGAGACCCUAGACCGUGAGAUCAAUGCACUGGAUGCAGCAAUGCCACUCGUUGAUCCGGAAAUAACGCAGGGGGCUGAACAGCUGGAGAAGGCAAUGGUGUCGCGCAAAAGGACGCGAAUGGAGGAGGACAACGAUCGUUUGGUACGUGAAGCACUGUCCCAAUUCUACCUGCCAAGUCCACGACUCCUAUCCGGUAUCGAUGAUUGCCCCCUUGUGGCGGAAAAGAGGCCCAAAACGGACAUCGAGCUAGACCUCAAUCUCGAUCUCAACCAAAACCAGCGUGAAUUUGAAGUUAUCAUGGAGACACUACGACUGGGUGAUUCCUGCGGCCAAGCCGCCAUGAUGAGUGACAAUGGUGUGUUCCACAACUUGGUCGUAGCGUCGCUGGAAACGUGAAACAGGUUCCCCCAUGGUGAUUUUCAGUACAUCAACUAACAUUGAAAGUCAUCAUAAGAUAACAAAUUUUGUUUUUCGUUAUAUUUUAAUUCUUUCCAAAAAAAAAGAGAUGAAAUCAUCGAUUUUUCAUGAAAAUGAGAAAAAAAUGCGCUAAACAAAGAAAGGGAUAGUGUGUUGAGUUCAGUAGUAUACGGUCGUCAAUGCAAUUAUAAAAUUGCCAAUUCUCCUUUAGCAAUUCACUUUAGAUGUUACCGUGCAAUCUCAAUGCGUCGCCAAUGCUUUUGCUACUUUUAUCCCUCCUUCGUACACAUUUCUGGAGUUUUUUUCUCCUUUUCUUUUCUUCAUCGGCUCCACUCAAAUGUGCAUUGUUGCAAAACAUUCACUCCAACCAUUUCGAGCAAACAUUCACGUUAUAGAGGCGUAUUUCACUUUUUAUAUUACAAACUUUUUUUUUUGUUUUCUCGCGUCUUUGACAAAAAUCCAAACUCUCCAAAAAUUGUAAGCUAUAUACCAUUUUUACAAUUUAUAUUCGGCCCGAUUUUUUGAGCACAUAUACACACACAUACAGGUAUAAAACACGCACCUUUGAGAUGAUUUUUACAACAAGAAAAAAAAAUGUGAAAAGUUUAUUUCUUUUUGCUUCGUGAGCUUUAUAAUAUCUCACCAUGACACACAAAAAUAUGUCACAAAAUUCCACAAUGAUUUUUUUCUUUAUAGCAAUUAAUUAUUGGUGCGAUAGAGUCAAUUUUCCCGCCGAAAGCUCAAGGUGUAUAAUCAAAAAAUUAUAUUAAGAAUGAUAACAAUCAAAUACCUUACCAAAUUGUGCUCUAUAUUGGGUAGCAGAUAGUCUGCUUAAAGACUUAAUUGAAUGGUAAAUAAAGAAAAAAUACAAAGAAAAGAGAAAUGGUUGGAGAACCUCCCGAAGGAGCAACUCCUAAAAGUAAAAUAAUAAAGCACGAGAAUAUUACCGUAAAAAAAACACAACACAUUAUUGAGCUGUGAUAUUAUUUAAUAAGGAAUUAUAUAAAGUUGUGUAAAACGUAAUAUGACUGGAUAAAUUGCUGCCAACCGGAAGAAUAUAGACGUUAUGUUUUUCUGCAUGUUCUCACUACAUUUUGGACAUUUAGCUUUUUUUCAGACGAUCGUUUCGUUUCACAGUUUUCAUUUAAUUAUGUUGCUUUUGGAGACUAAAAAUUCUAGCAGAUGUAGAUUUGACGUAGAUUUUCUUAUAAUCCAAUUAAUGGUCUCCGUGAAAACCCUUUUAAAAAAUUAAAUUGAAAUGAGGAGUUUCGUAUUAACGGGUGUUUUUUUACUACGCUGACGUUCCGAUUCGUGUGGGAUGUUCUUCAGGUCUCUGAAGUUUCCAAAACAAACGUCGUAUAUGUUUUGUUGCUGAUUUUUGCCCUAAUAAAUUAAAAUCUAAUUUUCUUAAUUUUCAAAUGAUUUUUCUCUUAACUCUUUGCGCUAUUAUCCUCUUCCUUUCUUUCUGUUUUUUCCCUAGAAUUCUUCCUAUAAACUUGUAACUUCUCUCUUUAAUACUUCUUAAGCAUAACUAAAGCAAAAAUUUCGACUAAAUUCACACAGGUAGUGAGGUUUUCCUUUAAUUUCCAGACCAGACGUUUUCUCAAAAUGUCUGCCCUCUUUUUUAAAUAAUUUACCAAAUCUACCGCAGAUGUCGUUCAAGUCGAGAAAGUUUUAAUUCAAAAUUCGUGUUAAUUCCAAAAUUAACGAACAACAGUCAUUCAAUCAACGGGAUGUUUUGGCAAAAGGCAUAUUUUUUGGAAGGUAGAAUAUCACGUUUUUGACAGAUAUGUAUUGUGUGAAAAAUAAGUUUCUAUAAUUUGAAAAUCAACUUACACGCUAUAAGCGAAUAAAACUUAUGCAACAGAUUUAGGAUGCAUUUAGAAUUCAUCAAAACUUUAAGGAUCGUCUGCAACCUCUGACGAAGCAUGAGAAGUCUUAUUGAAUUAGUUUCGGUUAGAUGGAGUUUUGCUGUGCGGGAAAACUGCCAUGAAAAUUUACAGCAAAUUAAAAUGUUCCAGCACAGAACACAAGUCCCUAAAAUUCUCUCUGUGUGUGUCUGCAGGAAAUGCAGGAUAAAAUGGGGUCAAAAUGGGUAUAUUUAUAUAUGGAAUGAGUUUGUGCGAAUGGAACGAAGAAAGAGCUGAUUAGCAAACCUUAAAAUCUAAUUGUACUUGCACACCUUAUAUACCACCCAUGGCAAAAAUCCACAUACACAAUAUUAUUUAUAAAGGUGUAAUGAUAGGAGGAAAAAAAGAGAGUACAUAAAUCAGAGAAAUCAAGGCAGGUUAGUUUAUUAGCACAAAGAGAGGGCAAAGAAGAAGCGAAUAAUAAAAAAAACGGAACAGACUACCAAAAGACACACUCCGGAGGUGAAGCACACACGGUGGAAAAGAGAAAAGAGACACACAGCGAAAAAGAGGAUGAUAAAACUUUCACGCAUCAAUUCUUCGAGUGUGUUAAGAAAUGCCUAGUCCGGGUGUGAGCGUGUUAGUGAAAAUUGUAGCAAGAAGUUGACACCUGUUGCCUGCUUAUAUCUAAUUAAAAUAUUAUAUACACAACACUGUACUAAUUAGAUCCAAAAUGUCCAUUUAGGUGGGAAGAAAAAUGCAAGUGUGCUCAAACAAUACCCAAUGCGCGCGCCUUUUCAGCGCCAAAUAAGGCAUCACAUCGAAUUGAUAUUCCAUGGACGGAUUUCUGUGCCAAAAUACCAUCCAGCUUUUCUUCCAUACACAACACUGUGUCGUCUUCCCCACCCUCCUCCCUCCUCCUCCUCCGUAGAGACCCUAUCGAAUCUCAAAAUGAAAACACUUGCUAUGUGUAGCUAAAAAGACGAAAAAUAUUAUAUACUUUAAAGUAUAUAUUGUUGAAAUUUUUGCCCCUUCUCUCGUGAAAAUUCUUCACGCGUAAAAUCAAUGUGAAAAUCGUUGAUGAAGCAAACAAGCGCUGCGGUAUAGAAAUUAGCACGAACGAGAGAAAGAAACUUUACAUAGUAGUAGAUACAUAAUAUUGUCGAGAAGCGUUAGGAUAGUUUUUUGUUAUUCUUUCUUUUCAUUAAAAAUCAUUUUUCAAUUAAAGGAAAAAUUCUUUUGUGGCAAAAAAUGUUCUUUCGUCUAUGAAUUAAAAAUCUGAGAUAUCUUCUUUUUUGCUUUACUUUAUUUAAUUUUGUUUUAUACCCAAGCCCCGCCUUUAAAUAAAACUAAAUUCAAACAGCAAUUAUACUCCAUUCGAAUUAACUUUGCAACUAAGCUUCACCAUUUUUUGACAAAGAGAAUUUGACCAAUGAGAACUCUCAACUUAAAUUAUUCAGCCAAUCAUAGGUCUUUUUACAUGACAAUUCUUCUUCUUAUUCUUUUCUAUAUCUUUUCUAUUUGUGGUACAAAAUUUAUUCGAAUAGAUUACGAAGGAAUAAUUGAAAAUGAAAUUUAAGUAAAUAUGAGAGGUACCUCGUAGAAUCUACGUCACCAUCUAAAGGAGGAGCUUUAAUGCAAAAUUAAUUUGAACAGACUACACUGUAAUUAGAAACAUCUAAUUACUUAUUUUCCAUUAACUUUCAGUGUAGAAAAUUACUUAAGACAUUCUCCAUUAUUCAAUAUAGCCGAAAUUUCUUAUUAAAACAACCAGGCAAAAUCAAUCAAUAGUGCACCUAAUACCAAAUUAUAUAACAAAAUUUUUCAAUAUAUAAAUCAUACACAUUACAUACAACUGCGUAGAUUUAAAGCUCGUGCAAAAAAAGUGUUAAUGAAACGACUUCCAUGUCUCCAUGAGGCAAAAAAAGUCACAGCUAAUACGUCACAAAAUCUUUACGAUUCUGCGAAGAAAAUUGAGAACACGUCUAUGUAUUCUUCCGUUCUUGCUCUAAAUGAAUAUAUUACGAAUUAUUUACUAUUUAAGUAAGCAUAUUGUUUUGUUUUUCCCUCAUAUUGUGCUAAUGAUUUGGAAAAAAAAUGUGUCUUCUACUGUCUCAAAUUGAUUAACUCCACACUCUAUUCCCUACUUGCGCAUUCUAAUCAAUGUUCUGAGCGACGAAUGAGAAUUAUUUCAUGUCUGGCACGUGCAGAAUAUUCACACACGAGUCACUUUUAGUGAGAAGUGAAAAAUAUAAAAGCUCGCAAUUGUUCGUCUUUGACAUUAUAGAAGCAUAUAAAGGUGGGAUUUUCGAGUUUAAAAAUAAAAAAACUCAAUGUAAAUAAAUAUUUUAAAAGAAAAAAUCUCAUGAAAUUGUAUUUAGGACCAAAUGAAGAAAACAGAAACGUAAAUUUAUUUAUAUGCCAGAAUAUUAAACAAGUAACGUAACAAAAUACAAAAUUAUUGUUAAAAAAAAAAAACCAUGAAAAAAAACUCCAAAAGUGCUUGAAUUAGUGAUUAAUUUUGAAAGAAAAAAAAGAGAAAAUUAUUUAAUAAAAAAAGUGAAAAAUCACAUUUUGUGGGCCACAGAAAUUUCCAUCUAUAUUUUUUUAUGUUCAGCAAAAAUAUCAGAAAGAUUUCAUAUUGAUAUCAAAUUUCUGAUUAUUUAUUGAGUCUUUUUUUUUCUUAAAAAAAAAACUUUGUCUUGUAUAAAUUAAAAAAAAUACAUUAGGUUGCAACAAGAGAAAAAGAAAUGUUAAAAUGGCACACAAAAAAAUUCAAAGAUUAGAAAUCUUGUAAAGAAAAAGAUGUUUAAAAAAAACGAGUCAGUUCCAAAAAGUAGAAUGCCAAUAACUAUUAUUAUAUCAAUUAAAAUAAUAAAAUUAAUGUGUUUAUUCUUACAAAUAGUGAAAAAAAAUGAAAAUUAAAGAAAAAAAGGAAGCAAGAUAUUCACGAGGAAAAAAAUGAUAAAAAAAUCCUCGGAGAAAAAAAUUAAAUUAUAGACAAGAAACAAAAAUGAAACUUAAAGAUUUAUUAUACAAUUAAUUAUAAAUUAUUAUAUAUAAAUUAAAAUAUACAAGAAAACGAUUAAUGAAAAAAAAACAAUGAUAAAAAAUAUUAUAAAUUGUAGUCAAUUAAGGGCAUCUUGUACGUUAUUUUCUCUAUUUUAUUUCAAUUUAUGUAUAUUUUUUCGUUUAAUAGUUUUAUUUUGUUAAAAUAAACUGUGUCUAUUAAUAGAGUAGAAAAAUUACCAAAAUAUAAAUUGAAAUUUUUUGUUUAGACUCCUUCUUUUUAGUUUUCUUUUUUAUUUGUAUUUUGUAUUCUAAUCUUGUGGUUACCGACGUUUUUUUAUACUGCAAAAUGUUUUAGAAAAAUAAUAAUCAAAUAACCCGAAUAGGUUUUUUUUUAUAUUUUGCAUUUUUUUUUGUUUUCAGCUCUUUUUAUUUGACUUUUUUUUAAAAUAAAAUAUAAAUUCUUCUAAAGACUUAUUUGUUCGAUGACAUCUUCACCUUCGAGAAGGGGAAAAAGAAAAGAAAAGAAAAAAAAGUGGAAAUGCGAAGAGCGUGUACGAUGAAAGGUGCAGAGAAGGAAGGUGGAGACAAAGGUGAAAAAAAGUUCAGUAAAGAGAAGUUGAUGGAAGAUGUGAGGAAGUGAGAGUAUUUAGAUGAAAAUAUAACUGUAGCCAGAAAAGUAUAAAUGAUAAUUGACACUUAUAAAGCUACUAUUGAAUACAUAUACUAUACAUAAACUAUAUGUAUGUACUAUAUGGAUAAAUUCAAUAUUAAACUCAAUGGGUAUCAUUUAAUGUUGUGUAGUAGAGUUCCAUCUCCCACAAUAAAUGUACCUGGAAAAAUGAAAACAAA